UAAAAGGGUGCGACGUCACGAGAGCAUGUGACUGUGCCAAGUGUAUAUUUCCGUCGCGCGUUACCGUUGACUGCCCCUUCUUAAUCUUUUAUUCACUUUCUUAGGGAAAGUUACUUCGAGAAGAAGCUACUGGGCUGCAGGAGCGUGGUAUCACUGGGGAGAACGGUUCCAAAGCUGACGAGUGAUCGUGGCACCUGCACGCGCUUGGCUCCCCCGGCGACCGCUCGAGCGCUUUUAUGUUCGGUUGCUUGACUUCCGAGAAGCCGAAAUGACCUUUUCUGAAGGCACCAACUCCAGGCCGAUGUCUCAGCGGACUGCGGCAGCUGAAGAUGCCCAUAUCGACGUCGUCGGAGGAGAUGAGGAGGAAACGACGGACGUGGAAAGUGAGAGUGAUGUCCACCACGGAGACCACGGAGCAGAGGAGAUCAAGGGUUUGGUGCUCACAGGGAGCUGUUCUGAGCACCACAGUACACACGGAGCAGCCGAAGAGGAGACUAAGGGAGAGCAGAGUGACUGCCCGGGGGGUCCCCUACAGAAUAAAGGGAAGAGCAGCGUGGUAAAGCCGCCCUACUCGUACAUCGCGCUCAUCACCAUGUCCAUCCUGCAGAGUCCCCACAGGAAACUGACCCUCAGCGGCAUCUGCGAGUUCAUCAGCAGUCGCUUCCCCUACUACAGGGAGAAGUUCCCCGCGUGGCAGAACUCGAUCCGACACAACCUGUCCCUCAACGACUGCUUCGUCAAGAUCCCCAGGGAGCCGGGCAACCCGGGCAAGGGCAACUACUGGACCCUGGACCCGCAGUCCGAAGACAUGUUUGACAACGGGAGUUUUCUGAGGAGAAGGAAAAGGUUCAAAAGACACCACCAACCAGAUCAUGUUCUGCGAGACGAGACUGCCUUCAUGGUGCAACACUUGGGUCCGUACGCGAUAGGGAAUCCGUACGCUCGUCGCUACGGCUUCUACCCGGCGGGGAGUGUGCAGUUCCCCUAUUUGCCCCCAGUGGCUCCGAUCCUCCCUCCACCUCUGCCGCUCUUACGGUCUCCAGACGUGAGCAGAAAAUCCCUGGGGCUCCCGGCCAGGCGCAGCGUCCCAGUGCACCACAACAGUGUGGGAUCCGGACCGACAGUGGAAUGGGAAACCCCUGGCAAACCCUCUUUUAGCAUAGCGAGUUUGGUCAAUUGA